AGGAAGGUACAUCUCUGGGACCGUCGACACGACAACAAGCACUGGUUACAUCCUUUGUCGGUACGUAGCAGUGGGGAAUGAACCAUUCUUGUCAACAUACAAUGGUACCUUUGAAGCCACUACUCUUCCAGCUCUUCAAAAUAUCCAAGCAGCUCUGACAAAAUCCGGUUUGAGCAAUCGGGUUAAAGUUACUGUCCCUUUAAAUGCAGAUGUAUAUCAAAGCUCAUCAGAGAAGCCAUCAGAUGGUAAUUUCAGGCCAGACAUCAAUAAUCUCAUGCUACAGAUUGUCAAGUUCUUAAACGACAAUGGAGCUCCAUUCACUGUGAACAUCUAUCCUUUUAUCAGCCUCUAUGCAGAUCCCAAUUUUCCUGUUGACUAUGCUUUUUUUAAUGGCUAUCAGCCUGCUAUAAACGACAACGGAAAGGCCUAUGACAAUGUCUUUGAUGCUAACCACGAUACUCUACUAUGGGCACUGCAGAAGAAUGGUUUUGGAAACUUGCCUAUAAUUGUGGGAGAAAUUGGGUGGCCUACAGAUGGAGACAGAAAUGCAAAUCUUCAAUAUGCACAACGUUUUAACCAAGGUUUUAUGUCUCGCUAUGUUGCUGGAAAGGGUACUCCAAUGAGGCCUGGUCCUAUAGAUGCUUACUUGUUUAGCUUCAUAGACGAAGAUAAUAAAAGCAUUCAGCCAGGGAACUUUGAACGUCAUUGGGGUUUGUUUUACUUUGAUGGUCAACCCAAAUACCAACUUAACCUUGGUUCAACCCGAGGCAAUGGCUUGGUAGCAGCUAGUGGUGUUGAUCAUUUGGCCAAAAAGUGGUGUGUUUUGAAACCCUCAGCAAACCUUAAUGAUGACCAAUUAGCACCAAGUGUGGCCUAUGCUUGUCAAAAUGCUGAUUGCACUAGUCUUGGGUAUGGGACUUCAUGUGGCAAUUUAGAUGUUCAUGGGAAUAUAUCUUAUGCAUUUAAUAGCUACUACCAGAUAAAUGACCAGAUGGAUAGUGCUUGCAAAUUCCCUGGCCUCUCCAUGAUCACUGACAGAGACCCUUCCAGUGGAGAUUGCAAAUUCAAAAUCAUGAUCCAAACAGAUUCUGCAGUGCUAAAUGGGAGAAUUGGGUCUCUAAGAACAGUGCUUUGGGUUUUUGUUUUUUUACUGUUCUGUAUGUAAU